CGUCCUUUAUAAUAAUUUGAAAUAUUGGCUUCAUAUAUAAAAGUACGAUUACUUGCACAUAUAAUUACAAACAAAUUAAUUACAAACAAAUGAGGCCAUGUAAUAUUGUGGGUUUAGGGUUGAAGAAAGGUGCAUGGACUGUCGCAGAAGAUACACUUCUCAGAAAAUGUAUCGAAACAUAUGGCGAAGGGAAAUGGCACCUUGUUCCUCUCAAAGCGGGUUUAAAUCGAUGUAGGAAGAGCUGCAGGUUGCGAUGGUUGAAUUAUCUACGACCAAAUAUAAAGAGAGGAGACUUUGGUGAUGAUGAAGUGGAUCUCAUACUUAGGCUUCACAAGCUUCUAGGAAAUAAAUGGUCCCUCAUUGCCGGAAGAAUACCAGGAAGAACUGCCAAUGAUGUGAAGAACUAUUGGAACACACAUAUUCGUCCCCGUUUGAGACAAAAGAAAGAACCCAAGGACGAUGAAUCGUCACAAAAAUCCACAGUCACAAUUAUCAAACCUCAAGCACGGACAUUCUCCAAACCUAUUAUUGCAGUUAAUCAUCGCAAUAACUUACCAAGAUCAUCAUCAUCAUAUAAUGAAGACAAUCCUUCUAAUAUCUCCACGAGAUUAAUCUCGUCACCUAGAGCACUACUAGAUAACAAAACUAAAGAGUAUUUGGAUGUGUUAUUUGAUGAUGAUGUGAAUGAUGUUGAUGGAAAUUUUGGGUGGUCAUUUGAUGCUUCUCCAGAAGAUAUGACGACUUUAGGUAUAAAUGAGCAAGUAGAAGGAGGGCAAAAUAGUUUGUAUGAUUUCCACAUAGACGAUGUCAUGUGGGAAUUUAUGGAUUCAGAACAACUUAAUUAGCUUUCUAGUUUUCUUUAUGCGGUACUUUUGUCCCAUAACUUUUUGUCCACUCAAGGACAAACCAUGUAUUACAACCCGUACAAAAAAUGUUUAGCACGAAAUUGGUCAACCGACCUUAAGAAAUUGACCAAAGUUAGGCCUUGCCCAAUGCAUGUGUUCUAAGCUCGUCCUCCCCCUCAUCGUAGAAGAUACGAGCUCAUCCUCAAACUCUGCGCGUGGAGCUGGAGUCCACUGCUGGCUCAAUAGGUUAGUAGAUUAGGCAAUGGCUUGAGUUUUCCAUAUUUUUAGGGUCCUAAAAUUUUAAAUUGAUGGACUUGGGUAUUAUGAGCUUUUACCUUAUGUUUAGAGUUUGGUUUAAAAACCAUUAAAUGAAAUAUUUACAGUACAAGUGUCUGGGAGUUUGCUAUUGGUUUUAGGAUUAUCAGACUUUUAUAUAGUAAAAUCAUUAUUUUUAAUAA